AUGGACCCCUAUCAUGAUGCUUUCGCGCCCGGUCGCGAAGGCUGCUCUAGCAAAAAGGACGGUCGCAGCACUCUCGGAAACGAGGGUAAACUGAUUCCGCCUAUCCAAACGUGCCAAACGGAAGAAGCUGGACCGAGUGGGAAGGAUGCAGCAUGCCAGACUAACGAUGCAGUGCCAACUGAGGAGGCUGUUGAAGCUUGGGAUGUUGCGCGCCAGACGGGUUGGAGGGUUUUGGUUCCUCGUCGGGUAUUUUCAACGGAUCAGGCAUAUCAGUAUACUGAUGUUCAACUGUUUUCGAAUCAUGAACGACCGCCCGAAAAUAAAACAAUAAGCGACUUUGAACAACCGACUAAUAAAACACUGGAUUCAUUUAAAGGCCACGGUCGAGAAAAAAUAGAAGCUUAUUUGAAUUGGUAG